AGCUUCAUCUGAACCUCAAAGUUCAUCUCAUUUAGUCUCGUCUGGAGCUCAGAUUCUGAGUUUAAUACAGAAACACAGAAAUGUCUGCUGGAACUUCAUCACUCUGCUCCACUUUGCUAUUUUUCAGCAUCUUCAUGUUUGUCUCUGCAGGCCAGAAGAACAUCACAGCUGAGUCUGGACAGGACGUCACUCUGACAUGUCGAGAUCCAAACAACAACAUCACAGCUGUAUAUUGGAGGAAAGCUGACUUGGAGCCAAAAUAUGUCCUUUUAUACUGGAAUGGUCACUUUGAUCCAGAUCACCAGCAUCCAUCUUUUAAGAACCGGGUGGAUCUGAAGGACAGACAGAUGAAGGAUGGAGACGUGUCUUUGAUUCUGAAGGAUGUGACAACUGCUGAUAGUGGAACAUACAGGUGCCAUGUUAAAAUAGCAGAAACGAAUUCAUCGAAAUACAUCACCAUCAAUCUGAGUGUUUCUCCAGUAAUAAAAAGCAUUCCAGUUAAGCCUGGACAGAACAUCACUCUGCCGUGUCGAGCUCCAAACAACAACAAAUGUGUAAAGUGGAGCAGAGCUUUCCUAAAGACAAAAAAUGUCUUUUUGUACCGGGAUGGUCACUUUGUUCCAGACAACCAGCAUCCAUCUUUUAAGAACCGGGUGGAUCUGCGAGACAGACAGAUGAAGGAUGGAGACGUGUCUUUGAUUCUGAAGAAUGUGAACACUGCUGACACUGGAACAUACGUGUGUCGUAUCCUUAUGGAAGAAACACGCUCAUGGAAGCCCAUCAGCAUCAUCUACCUUCAUGUUGUUCCUCCAGGUCGAUCAGGAGGACAGGGUGGAUCUAUUGGACUGAUAAUUGGUUUGGUAGUUGCUGCUGUGGUUGUUUCUUCUUGUUGUUAUUUCUGUUGCUGCAGAAAAACAAGUUAGGACUCAUAGCAGCUUCCCAGUCAAAUCUGAAGAUUAUCUUCGGAACAGAGCACAACCGCGAGUCAGAUGAUCUAAACAGACAAAUUCUAAGGUCAUACUUUUGUUUUCUUUUCCUAUGUGAAAGAGAUUGAGAUCAUUUUAUGGGUAAUGUGAUACAGUUUAUUCAAACAGAGUAGAGUCUGAUUCUCCUUCAACCUUGAUCAGAUUAGUCUCAGUAUGUGAGACUAGCUAAGAUAAGAUAAGAUAAGAUAAGAUAAGAUAAGAUAAGAUAAGAUAAGAUAAGAUAAGAUAAGAUAAGAUAAGAUAAGAUAACCUUUAUUAGUCCCACACGUGGGAAAUUUGUUGCUGGGGAGGAAUGUAAGACAGAUGAAGGUGUGAAAGCCUUUGGCCAAUCUCCAGGCGUGAUCUGACAUAAGAGAAAUGAUUUACAUAUGCUUUGAUUCAUAAACACAGCAUCAUAACUUAGCUUUUUUAUUUGGACUAUAAUUCACACUUAAAUCUUUUAAUCUGCUCAUUCAUUUUAUGUAUGAAUUCUGCUUGUGCUUACUGACCUCGAACCAAUUGAAUGUGGUACACGGUGCUUUGGUAAGCUACAAAGCUGAAUUCAUUUCUGUGCGAAAUCCCAGAAAUAAAUGUUGUAAUAAAUGAUGUAAAUCCAAGCCCAUUAUGUAUU